GCCAAUCCCAUUAGAAAUAUAAAGCCUCUGGAAUUAGUAUAAAAAUUGGCUCGUCAGAUUAUCUUUUACAAAUUACAAUUCAACGUUUCAAUCAAAUACAGUUUUCUUCUUCAUCUCUGCCCCUGCCAUCUCUCUCUUUCUCUCUGCCUGCGGACUUCGGUCCUAUCCUCAUUCGUCUGAGAAAACUUCACAGGUUGUGCUAGUAAGACUUGGAUUGUUAAUGUGGUGUACUUGAAGGAAGAAAAGGCAUGAGAGACUUCUUUCUCGACUUUGAACACUUUGCCGAAGAGAUCUACUGGUAUUUGUUGGAUGCUAUUGACUUUGCUGUUGAAGAAUUUCUUGAUUUUUGUUUGGGUUUUGCCUACUUUGUUGAGGAAUUUGUUGGGUUUGUCUUUUUCCAAAUCUUGGUCCCUUAGAUUCUUGUCUUGUGUUAUUCUGCUGGUCCAUAAUGAUCUGAAACCCACUAGGAAAGGAAAAUUGGUUGUUGGUGUGUAGAAAAAAUUGAUGUGAAAACCUUCUAAACUAGAUUUUAGCAAGAUGGGUUCAAUUCAAAAUAUUGUUCAUUAUUGUUGUGUAUCUAGGGGUGGUCGGACCUUGUAUGUGUCUAGCGAUGGUGAUCAUGAGAUUGAGAAUUUGGCAGCAUUGUCGUUGGAGAGGAUUCCUCUAUAUCACAAGUGGUAUUUUGAGACAAUUGGUAAGAGGACAUUUGGGUUUUUGAUGGAAGACGGUUAUACUUAUUUCUCAAUUGUUGACAAAGGUCUAGGGAACCCAGCUGUACUCAAGUUUUUAGAGCAUGUGAGGGAUGAGUUUAAGAAGGUAGCUAGAAAGGGUUCAAGAGGAACUGUUUCAGGUUUGAGCUCAAUCAACAUACAAGAACAACUAGUGCCUGUUGUUCACCGCUUGAUAAAAUCAUUGGAGCAUGUAUCUCAGCAUGAUUGGAACACUGAAACUUCCUUAUCUGAUAAUAUGGGCAUCUCUCCAUCACUAAGUGAUGCAAAUGGACAAAUUGAAGUUCUUACAUCUACUAAAGCCCCUUUGUUGGGAAAAUCUAAUAAGCUAGAAAAAAAGAAGUCCAAGGAUCAUAUUAUUGUAAUGAGAGAUAAUGAGUUGGAGGAGCAUAGGAAAUCUACUGAUAGAGGAGUUAAAGUUGAUUCAACUUCAUUGGAUUCUAAUAACCAAGGUGGAGUAGCAUCUCCAAUUUCAUUACAAAAGGAUAUGGGUUCAAUGAGGAUCAGGUCGAGUUCUCAAAGCAUUCGAAAGAAGUGGUGGUGCCAAGUAAGGACUAUUCUUGCAAUUGAUGCUGCUGUUUGCCUGACACUAUUCAUAAUUUGGGUGUCAAUCUGUGGUGGUUUUGGAUGCACCCGUUGAUUGUGAAAUUGGAGCAUGAGAUUUUACUUUUUACUUGAUAGAGUGCCUAUCAAAAUUUAUGAGCUCCAUUUUUAUAGUAUAUACAUGAGCAUUUUAUAGGUUUUAUCUAGAUCAUCGUGGAAGUCAGUGCUACCAUGCUUCUUCUUGUGUUUACGCUUUGUUUUUAGUUAUAGAUAUACAUUAUCAGAUAUGGCGAAUCUAAAUAUUUUAAUCCCA